GGAAGUCGGAGCGCUCUGAAGCUUGGCGGUGCCUAUUGUACAGUCAGCCAAGCCGAAUCUAGUGGAUUAAAAGUAAAUAAAGAUAUAAAUAAAACAGACUUCUUCCAGCCUCGGUGGAAUCGUCCUCGGCAGCCUCUAGCUAUCUCCCUAUCUAUCUCUCCCUCUCUCUUAGUUUGUAUUAAAAUAAAAGGCAAGCCAAGAGCACGCAACCUAAAAAGGCACGCACGCAGGCUACAACUCAGCCCUCUUCUUGCUUAUGGAUUCCUUUAAAGGUGGGAUGAAUUUGGAAAGGCUUCCCGACAACCUGAGACCCCCUCAGGCGUCCCACGACAUGGCUUCCAGCUUCCAUUUGCAGAGAUCUUCCGAAGGCAGAGAACCGAUCGAGAACUCGGCCAGCGAAUCUUCGGACACCGAAGUCCCAGAAAAGGAGCCAAGUGGCGUGCAGAAAAGCGAGGAGGGGAGCACAGAUGACCCGGCGAAGAAGAAGAAGCAGAGGCGCCAAAGGACUCAUUUUACCAGCCAACAACUGCAGGAACUGGAGGCCACUUUCCAGAGGAACCGCUACCCGGACAUGAGCAUGAGAGAGGAGAUCGCGGUGUGGACCAACCUCACGGAGCCCAGAGUCAGGGUCUGGUUCAAGAACCGGCGCGCUAAGUGGCGGAAGCGGGAGCGCAACCAGCAGAUGGACCUUUGCAAGAACGGCUACGUGCCGCAGUUCAGCGGUCUGAUGCAGCCCUACGAGGACGUGUACCCGGGCUACCCGUCGAACUACUGGCACGCCAAGAGCCUGGCGCCUGCGCCGCUCUCCUCCAAGAGCUUCACCUUCUUCAACUCCAUGAGCCCGCUGUCGUCGGCGCAGUCCAUGUUCUCGGCGCCCAGCACGCUGCCCUCCAUGAGCAUGCCCUCCUCCAUGGGCCACUCGGCCGUGCCCGGCGUGGCCAACUCCGGCCUCAACAACCUGAGCGGGUCGUCCCUCAACACGGCCAUGUCCACUCCCGCCUGCCCGUACGGCCCGCCGGGCUCCCCCUACAGCGUCUACAGGGACACUUGCAACUCCAGCUUGGCCAGCCUGAGGCUGAAGUCCAAGCAGCACUCGAACUUCGGCUACGGCAGCCUGCAGAGCCCCGGCUCCACUCUAAACGCCUGCCAGUACAACAGCUGACCGGCCUCCUCCUCCUGAAAGGGACCGCGGCUGCGCUCAGGGGCAGGGAAACGCGCCGGAGGAGGAAGGGGAAGGACGGGCGG